CUACAAAGGGUCUGAACGUUAAGACUACAAUCAUCUUUAAUGCUGGACAUUGUGUGCCUGACGACAGGACGCCACGAACAUGACGAACAAUGGCCGAUUUUUCGUGCGCCAUUUCACCAAUAUCAUCCACACACCUGCACAGUGCGUGGUAAAGAAGAAUGGACGCCAUUCGCUAAACUGCGAGGUAAACUAAAAAUGGUUGCCUUCAAAAUAUCUCGAGUCCGCUUUUGGAUACUUUGGACAUUUCUCUUUAAUUUUUCGUGGAUAAUUGAAGGACAGAGCUGGUAUGAUGUCAGACUAGUUGGUGGAUCCUCGGCUAACGCGGGCAGGGUGGAAAUCUACUACUUUGGAAGCUGGGGCACGGUGUGCGAUGACGGGUUUGGAUAUGAUGAAGCUGACAUCAUCUGCCAACAACUAGGUUACGAGUCCGCCAAUACAUAUUACACCAGCGCCUACUUCGGGGAGGGAUACGGCAAUAUUUGGCUGGAUGAUGUUGACUGCACAGGGAAUGAGUACGAACUAGCAGAUUGCAAUCAUGAUGGUUGGGGCGUUCAUAAUUGCUAUCACGGCGAAGAUGUCGGGGUAGAGUGUUACGUAAGUGACUAUUAUUAUGAUGAUGCUGAUGUACGCCUUUCGGAUGGUGAUGUCUCAUCAGAAGGACGAGUAGAGGUCCUCUACAACGGACAAUGGGGGACGAUCUGUGAUGAUUCCUGGGGCCGAGAAGAAGCCGACGUCGUCUGUCAGCAACUUGGUUAUUCCAGAGCCAUCGAAGCAGUAGGAAAUGCUCGCUUUGGUGAAGGUAGUGGUCAGAUCUGGUUGGAUGAUGUAUCUUGUUCAGGAAUAGAAGAUGGUAUCGAUGAAUGCUCACACGAUGGAUGGGGUACUCAUAACUGUCAUCAUUCGGAAGAUGCUGGAGUCAGAUGCUACGACGGUCAAGAUACUGGUUCAUAUGGUUUUGGAGUUGCGGUGAUCGCUGGUAUCACGGUGGGGUCUAUCCUAGCCCCUGUUCUACUAAUAGGCCUUAUUUACGCUGCCUGUAAGUCAUCUUCAUGUGUAACGCCGGUUGAUGUUGCCCCUACGCGUCAUCCAACUUCGGCCCCCACCUAUAAUUCAUAUGAUAACCCGGGACCAGAUGGCAUGAACAGACCUCCACCUUCAUACGAUGAGAUCAACAAACCCACAGCCUAUGCCAACCCUCAUGGGGUCCAACACCCUCCCCCACCACCUCCGGACACGUUUAACCCCGUUGGAGGCCACACCCAUCCUGCCCCCGUUCAAUCUGGUAGUAUGUACCCCAACAACGCAUGGCAAGCUCCUCCAACAGGUGCACCUCCUUCGUCUUACCCCCCUCCCAUGGCUCCCAGUGGAACGGGGGACCAAUACAACCCCUAUGCUGAUCUACCACCUUUAGCCCAACCUGCCCCCGUACCCCAAGCAUACGUACCUCCACCAACCCAUGUUCCGCCACCCCAACAAUUAUACUUUGGUCAAAGUAUGCAGAAAGUUUUGCGGGCCCUCGUUUAUUGGUUCAUCUGUAACUUGAUCGUGCGCCGGGAUACAGCUGCUAUAAGUGUACGAUUAUCUGGAAGCGGUAGUGACACAGAGGGUAGGGUUGAGGUGUUCUAUGAUGGUGAAUGGGGUACAGUAUGUGAUGAUCUCUGGGGUGACUACGAGACCACUGUGGUGUGCAGUCAGUUAGGCUUCAGAGGGGGGUCGUCCUACGUGGGAGGAGCGUUCUAUGGUCAGGGUACCGGGAGGAUCUGGUUGGACGAUGUUCAAUGUCGAGGAACUGAGAGUUCCUUGGAGGAUUGUUCUCAUCUGGGAUGGGGCAUUCACAACUGUGGCCAUUAUGAGGAUGUUGGAGUUAUAUGUAGCGAAGGGACUGAUACGGUGCGUCUAACAGGAGGUAGCAGCUUAUCAGAAGGGCGUGUUGAAAUCUUCUACAACGGACAAUGGGGGACGAUCUGCGAUGAUUCCUGGGGCCAAGAAGAAGCCAACGUAGUCUGUCAACAACUUGGUUAUUCCGGAGCCAUCGAAGCAGUAGGAAAUGCUCACUUUGGUCAAGGUAGUGGUCAGAUCUGGUUGGACGACGUAUCUUGUUCAGGACUCGAAGGUGAUAUCGAAGAUUGUCAUCAUGGCGGGUGGGGCUCUCAUAACUGCGUUCAUAGCGAGGAUGCAGGAGUAAGAUGUUCUAACGAUGGGGCUAAUGAAGGCGAUCUGAGAUUAGUCGGUGGAUCUUCCAGCCAUGAGGGUAGAGUUGAGAUCUACAAAUAUUCGGAAUGGGGUACUAUCUGCGAUGAUGGCUGGGACAUCGAGGACGGGACCACAGUGUGCCAACAACUGGGGUACAGUUCGGCCAUAUCGGUUCACCCCGAGGCGUACUUUGGUAGUGGAUCAGGGGUGAUCUGGCUCCACGAUGUAGACUGUACUGGAUCAGAACCUAGACUAGAUGAAUGUACUCAUAGUGGAUGGGGUGGAGGUGAUUGCACUCACGAGCAGGAUGCUGGAGUCCGUUGUACACCGGGAAUAGCCGAGAACAGCCUUCGUUUGACCGAUGGCCAUGACAUAUCAGAAGGUCGUGUAGAGAUAUACCACGACGGUGAAUGGGGUACUGUUUGUGAUGAUGGAUGGGAUAUACCUCAGGCAAGGGUCGUAUGUCGUCAGUUAGGGUUCCCUGGAGUGGUCAGCUCCCAUAGUGAAGCACACUUCGGUGAAGGUACGGAUCAGAUAUGGCUUGAUAACGUGGAUUGUAUAGGAACAGAAAGCAGACUCUCUGGUUGUCGUCAUAAUGGAUGGAGUAGCCAUAAUUGCCUCCAUGGUGAAGAUGCUGGUGUCACGUGCCAGAAAGCUGAAGGAGAUACAAAAGGAGCUGUCGCCUUGGUAAACAGCCAAGGUCGAAACUGGUACGGACGUGUUCAGAUCUACUACAACAACACAUGGGGUACAGUAUGCGACACUUUUUGGAGUCUGAACGAAGCCAGGGUAGUGUGUAACUCACUGGGUUUCGAUGACGUCGACAAGUGGAAGAUGAGUGCCGAAUCUACCGAAGGUCCUAUAUGGUUGGACAACGUUCACUGCGAUGGCACAGAAAGCUCAUUGGUCUAUUGCACCCAUGCAAGAUGGGGUGUCCAUCGCUGUGACCACACCCAAGAUGUCGCAAUCAGUUGUUACAAUUACAGCCAUUUUAAAACGGGUCAUAUCGUCGGGAUCCUUGGAGGGACUGUUUUCAUCGUUGUCCUGGGUCAAUAUAUCAAAGCUGCCUACCAAAAAAGCCGAUGUUGUAACCAUUCUUCGACUUCCUCAACACCAGUCUCUGCUCCUCCACCCUCUUCUAAUCAUCAUCGGGUGACACGAGAUUACGGUCCUGGUUUCAGUGGCAAUUAUUUCUCUCGGCCAGACACCGCUCCCCCAUCCUAUGACUCCAUCUUUAAAUACUCCACCCAUCAUCCGCCUCCACCACCGGAUCCUGCCGCAUUCUCUCCAGAGGGCGGCACGCGUUCCCCUCCACCACCAUACUUGCCCCCAUCAUCCACCGCUGCAGAAUCUCUCGCGAGUGGUUCUACGAACUAUUAUCCACAUUCACAUUCUGCUCCCGACAGGGGCUUGACUCCUGUCAACGGAUAGUAUUCUACAAUAAUUAGAAUAUUGUUAGACUUUUCAUCGUUGUCCUGGGUCAAUAUAUCAAAGCUGCCUACCAAAAAAGCCGAUGUUGUAACCAUUCUUCGACUUCCACAACACCAGUCUCUGCUCCUCCACCCUCUUCUAAUCAUCAUCGGGUGACACGAGAUUACGGUCCUGGUUUCAGUGGCAAUUAUUUCUCUCGGCCAGACACCGCUCCCCCAUCCUAUGACUCCAUCUUUAAAUACUCCACCCAUCAUCCGCCUCCACCACCGGAUCCUGCCGCAUUCUCUCCAGAGGGCGGCACGCGUUCCCCUCCACCACCAUACUUGCCCCCAUCAUCCACCGCUGCAGAAUCUCUCGCGAGUGGUUCUACGAACUAUUAUCCACAUUCACAUUCUGCUCCCGACAGGGGCUUGACUCCUGUCAACGGAUAGUAUUCUACAAUAAUUAGACUAUUAUUAGACUUCAACCGAUUUCUGUCAAUUAAGAAAUGGGGUUACGCAAUCAGUUUAUCGAAAUAUGCGUUUGUUUUAUAGAGUAGGCAGGGUCAGACCCGGGGGGGGGGGGGGUCAGGGCCAUCAAGGAAUUUCUCAAGAUACCAAGCGUUACCACUUGCACAAUUGACAGCUGCCAAUAUUAUGUACCUUUUUGGGAAGGAAUAUCAUUUGUGGUCAAAUAAUAAUAAUAAAACAAUUAGCGCCAAUAUGAAAAGUGAUUUUUGCAUGGAGAAUCAAAAUCUCAUAGUUUCGGCCAGGGCAUCAAUGGAAGAUUCUACUAUCGAGGAUCCUUCCAGAAAGGGAUUUUCACAAAAUAAAUGAUGAAGAUGCUUCAUCAUGACAUCUACACCAAGGAAUAAGUCAAAAUCAGAUUCAGAGCCUAAUACGUUUAAACAUAAACAAUGGAUAUUUCAUCAACAUUUUUGUCCGACAAGUUGUCAGAUCUGACAUCUUUCCUUGAUUCUGAUUGGCUGCAAAGCACCGUCCUUAUGGUAACACUAGGAAAAGUCUGACAAGUCCUUUCAUGAAACGCUCCCCUUGUGAAAUAUAGCAAAGUAAACAUUAGUCUUUGGUGAAUUUCAUUUCAUUUUAUAGAACUUUUUCAUGCAAAGAUAAUUGUUGCUUUUGCAUUGCUUUAAUGUUCAUGAUUUGUGUUUUUGUUAUAUAAACUCCUCAAAAAAAGUUUGGAAAUCUGACUUUGAUCGAUAAUCCCUCAUCGUAUUUAGUAAUUAUCAAUCUGUAAUUAAUAUUAAUGAAUAGAGAAUUUAAUUUUCUUUAAAAUGAUACCCUACAUGAUAUCAUUAUGGUUCACAUGGAGAUGCAGUACCUUGAAAUGUGGGGCAAGGUCAAAAUUCAAAAGUUGCAAAAUGACACAAUAUUGAAAGUCACUGUUCUUUUUUCAGUGGUGAUGAGUGGUUUUCUCAGCGGUUUCUUUUAAUUAUUUUCAUGCACCUUAACAUCAACAUUAACAUGGAAUCAAACACACCUCUGCACAAGCAAACACACAAUAAACAAACAAAACAUCAAUGGGUAUUUCAAACCACGACUCAAACCAUGUUAUCUCACAGAACCAUCACUACUGAAGCAGGGGCUUGAUUUGAAUGGAUUUUCAUCCCAAUUGACACAGAGGAUCAUGUUCUGUUCUGUAUUCAUGGUAUUGACCCUUCAUUACUAUUUCUGCUCGUUUUGCAGCUUUUCAAUUCAGACCUCAUCCAACACUUUUGAAUCCUGCUCUUUUCGUGAUGGCAUGAUCAUAACAAGCAUGGUAUCAUUCUAAAGAGAAUUAAAUUAUCUUUUGAAUGAUGUACGAUAUGCAUUGUGUGAAAUUGGGAGUAGGGAGAAAUUAAUGUCCAAACACAGAUUUCCAAACUUUUUUAAAGGGGUUUAGAUCAAAUGGAUAAAACUUUCUAUAGGCCAACAUAAGAUGGACGUUCCAGAGCCUGUGACACAAUAAGCAAUUCCUUCAUGAUAUAAGCCUUCGAGAAUUGUUUUUUUCUUCAAUUUAAACAUGAAGAAAAAAAAUAAUAGAAAAAUACCCUUCAGGUUUUCUUGACUGACACAAAAUAUGUAAUGUCUCUGAUUUUGUCACUAUUUUAUUUGUCAAAUAUCAGUUUGCCUGUAAUUGCUUAGUUCUAAUGUAUAAAAUGAGUUAGCAAUAACUUUGCUUAUUAUAGCACAUAUAACAAUAUUAUUCGCGCGUUCCGUGAAAAUGAAAUGUCUUUUACAAUAUAUUAUCAUUCUUUUAUACCGCAUUGAACCUACUCUACAUGAAUCAGAUGAUGGUGUAAUUAUGAUUGAUGAAUAUAACAAUUACAUCCCCAGCUGAAUGGGAAUCAAUUCACUUUAAUUUCUUGGCUCCCAAAAGACCUAGAUUUUUGUAUUCGUUGUAAAUUAUGCAUAUACAUGUAUUUUGCAAAGAAAUAUAUUAAAUAUA